CCCCUUCCUGCUUCCGCAGAGAGAGACGUCAGGUAGCCGCAGCGGCAUCACAGCUUCCUGUGCUGAUACGCGCAUAAGUGAAAGAGGCUAGAAGAUGCUCUCUGUCCCGGCUGCAGGAGUUAUUUUAUUACUAGCUUGGAUUUAUCCAAGUGACGCCCUUUAUUUUCAUAUAGGAGAAACGGAGAAAAAGUGUUUCAUUGAAGAGAUUCCGGAUGAGACCAUGGUUAUUGGAAAGUACAGGACUCAGCUGUGGGAUAAACAAACCAGCUCCUUCCUCCCAUCCACGCCUGGUCUUGGGAUGCAUGUUGAGAUCAAGGAUCCAGACACAAAGAUCAUCCUUUCCCGUCAGUAUGGGUCAGAUGGACGGUUCACGUUUACCUCCCACACGCCCGGAGAGCAUCAGAUCUGUUUGCACUCCAACUCCACCAAAAUGGCUCUGUUUGCUGGUGGAAAACUGAGAGUGCACCUGGACAUUCAGGUGGGAGAACACACCAACAACUAUCCUGAAAUUGCAGCUAAGGACAAACUCACCGAACUGCAGCUACGAGUCCGACAGCUGCUGGACCAAGUCGAGCAGAUCCAGAAGGAGCAAAACUACCAGAGGUAUCGCGAGGAGCGCUUUCGCAUGACGAGCGAGAGCACCAACCAGCGCGUUCUCUGGUGGUCCAUUGCUCAGACGAUCAUCCUCAUUGUCACUGGUAUUUGGCAGAUGAAGCACCUGAAGAGUUUCUUUGAGGCCAAGAAGCUGGUGUAAUGUGAGUGUGAGCAGAGUUAGGAAACAGUACGAGCAGACAGACUUUGCUCACCAAAACAAAGACAUGUAGAAACUUCUGGAAGGAGACACUUGGUCCUAAUAUUAGCCAUAAAUGGUACGAGCAAACCUGCAGUUUCUGUCCUGGGUCAUGUGAUUGUUUCCUGUGCUUACUCCAUUCCUUUUAGCAUUUCCACAGUAACACAACAUUACACCAACCUUGUUAUGCCUGUUCUGUUUUCUUGACUAGUGUCACUUUUCUAUCUUCCAGUGUGGGAAAAAUCUUCUUUUUUUUUUUUUUUUUUUUUGCAUAUGAAGAAAAAUGAGAAUCUAAAGUUGUUGCAAGUAGUUUAUUUUUUGUCAUAUUUAGUGUUGCACAUAGUUUCAGACAGGUUUUGUCAUUUCCAACCAUAACCUUGUAGUUACAGCUUACACAUUUCUGCAUAUGUUAUACUGGCGUCCUUUUGCAUCUGUUUCAAAGCUUGACUUCAAUCCACAGGUAUUAUUUAUGAGCACCAUAUUAAUGGUUUAUGAGCAGCAUGAUAAAUGGUUUCUUAUUAUUUCAGUGAUGUGUUAAAUACAGGUGGUAUUCACAGAUUGACUUGUGAUACUUUGCCCGCAGUAGCAGUGACAUCACGAUCGAAUGUAUCAGAUCAGCACGUCUGAAUGUGUUCACUGCGUGUCUGUAACAUCUGGCAGCUUUACUCUCAUUCAGCUGAUGAAUGAUGAUGUGAGGAGUUUUAAAGUAGGAAUUCUGACAGGUCAUUGUAUCAUUAACGCUAAUGUAACAAAAUCCUUUUUUUAAAUAUGGGGGGGGGGGCAGCCACUCACACCUGGGGCUGCGACCUGGUCAGUCAGCCAAUGAAAUUUGCCCCCUUAGUGAUGGUGGUGACUUUUCAGUCUUUAUCUUGUGGCGAUAAUGCACCGUUACUAAACCACAACAUGUCAAAGAAUAGAAACAGAGGUUAUGAGUUCAUCUUCCAGUUAAAAAUUCAUAGAAAAUAAAGACCAAAACCUGAGCUCUGCUUUUUUUUCCAUGUUAAUCUAGAAGUUUUGACAUUUUAGGAAGUGAAGUAAAAAAGGAAAGUUUUGGACGUCAGCUGGUUUUUGCUUGCUGUGUCACACAUACGGCAUUCUUUUCAAGUUCUUUAAACUUUUUAGCAUAAUUAAUUUGCAAUUGAAUUUAUAAAUGUCAGUGUCCUGGUCACAAAAGCAAAGUUUGGAAAUAAUAAUAUAUAUUUUCUUUAUAUUUAAAGCAUAAACAAUCAGGAUAUAACACAGGAGCAAAAACUGGAAGGAAGCCGAUACAUUGUUAGCUUUUCCCAACUCGAGCAGUGAAUACGGUAGUAUGACGGCAGCUAAUCUCUGUGUUUAUUUACAGUAGAACUCAAAAUGAUUUCAAAUAAUUCAUCUAAAAAUCUUUUUAGAAGUCUGCAAGGAGGUCACACAUUUUGCUCCAGUAUGCACCAACAGAGUGUAAACUGAACACACCGAGCCACAGUAGAGCCAUGAAUGGGAAAUGAUCUGUAAUGAGCCUUUAAGUGUAACUAUUAUACAUGUAAUAUUAAUACAUAACAUUUAGUGUUUUAUGGCUACAGCUUUAAUAUUGUUACAGGUCUUUUACAGAAAAUACGCUGACACUAAAUCAACUUGUGGAGAUGUGCUUACAGUUAUAUCACGUUAUAAACCUUUUAUAUGCUGCUUGUUAAUGUGAAAUGAAUUGUUAGUGUCACCAUCCGUCCUCCUACACUGUAGUUUACCAGAUGUUUCUGUGGAUCCAGUUUAUGAUAUUUAAUACCAGGAAUGUGUGUUGUAAAUAGCAGAUACAGGUACUGGCUGUCCUUAUCAUUUUCUAAUGCCUUUUACAAGGAUUUACUACUGCAAAGGUCUCUACACUCUGACACCAGAUUGUUUCAUCAAAACUUAUUUAUUGAACAGAAAUGUAUUUAUUGGGUUCCAUUCAUCAACAAGAAGUCACGAUGAGGACCUUAAUGUGUCCCAGUUUCCUAAAUGCAGAGUUUAGAUCCAGGUUCAGAUCUUUUAGCCGUCGUAUGCUCAGGCACUGAAGUCUUCUCAGAGAUGUUAAAUUGCCACUCUGGAAAUAUUCCGUUUUUUAUUGUGCUCUGGGUGCCUGUUUAAAAUGCUUAAUAAAAAGAAAAACUCGCCAAA